AUGGGUGACUACUCGAAAGCACUUGAAUUUUACGACAAAUCACUUAAAAUACUCGAAAAAUCUCUGCCUCCGGAUCAUCCCGAUUUGGCUACUUCCUACAACAACAUCGGUAACGUGUAUAGAAACAUGGGUAACUACUCGAAAGCACUUGAAUUUUACGACAAAGCACUUAAAAUCGACGAAAAAUCUCUGCCUCUGAAUCAUCCCGAUUUGGCUACUUCCUACAACAACAUCGGUGGAGUGUAUGACAGCAUGGGUAACUACUCGAAAGCACUUGAAUUUUACGGCAAAUCACUUAAAAUACUCGAAAAAUCUCUGUCACCGAAUCAUCCCAAUUUGGCUACUUCCUACAACAACAUCGGUAACGUGUAUAACAACAUGGGUAACUACUCGAAAGCACUUGAAUUUUACGACAAAUCACUUAAAAUAAGAGAAAAAUCUCUGCCUCCGAAUCAUCCCAAUUUGGCUAGUUCCUACAACAACAUCGGUCUUGCGUAUGACAGCAUGGGUAACUACUCGAAAGCACUUGAAUUUCACGAAAAAUCACAUAAAAUAAAAGAAAAAUCUCUGCCUCCGAAUCAUCCCGAUUUGGCUACUUCCUACAACAACAUCGGUUCAGUGUAUGGCAACACGGGUAACUACUCGAAAGCACUUGAAUUUUACGAAAAGGACUUAGAAAUAACGAAAAAAUCUCUGCCUCCGAAUCAUCCCGAUUUGGCUACUUCCUACAACAACAUCGGCAUGGCUUAUUCCGAACAAGGUGAUUACCCAAAAGCACUUUCAUAUCUAGAAAAGGCACUUGCUAUCCGACAAAAAUCACUCCCGCCAACACAUCCUCUUAUUGAAACGACAAUAGAUAACAUUGACAUUGUGAAAAAGAAAAUGUAACUGUGUUGUUUUUUCUUCUCGCUUACUCAAUAAAUUGAUUUCAAUUGCUAUUCACCUCACUUCCUGGCUUUUCUCGGCUCAUUUUCGCGUACGCGCGCGCGACCAGGGUGACCCCCUGUAAGCCCGCAAUGGGUACACGCAGAGCGGACCACGCCG